AUGACUAAGCGGUUAAGUGAAGCAGAAAAAAAAUCUAGAAAACCUGUACAAAGAGCUUGUGUUUAUUGUCAUAAUAAACAUUUACAAUGCGAUUCAUCCAGACCUUGUAAAAAUUGUGUUAAGCGUGGAGUUCAAGAAACUUGUAAAGAUAAAGAAAGAAAAAAAAGAGUCGUUACCAAAAAAAAACCUAAUAUUAUUUUUAAAUCACAGAACCUAAUAAAAAAUUUAAAUAGGGAAAUUCCUAACAGAAACCCUAAAACUGGUACCGGUAAUUAUGUUUCAUCACAAACAAUUGUUAUUGGAAAUCUCACUUCAAUCGCAGACAAUAAUAAAGUUAAUCACAAACAAAAAAACAUGCACCCAUUAAGUUGUAAUACAUCAAUUUCCAAUCUGAUUAAUUUGUCAAAGUCCGAUUUCUCAAAUUCACCAAUGACUUCAUCGCCCAAUGAACCUUCUUUCAAUAACAUCCUUAAUAAGAUGCAUAAUUUCAAAAACCCACACGGUAAUAGGAAAAUAACAAGCGUAAAACCACUUUCAAAGGUUGUAUUCCCCUCCAGUACAGACAAAACUUCAAAAUCAUCCUUUUCAGACUUAUCAACUAUUAAAAAUCCAAAAAGUUUAUCGUUACCAACUGAGCAAGUUGCAAAUCCUGAAAUUAAAAAUGGCUUAACAUCAAAUCUAAACUCAAAAUUAGCAUGUUUGCCCGGUAAUUUCAGUACCACGUGCGAUUCUCAUUUAUCAGUAAAUGACUCUAGUACCAUUUUGAACCAUUCCUCUUUACCAAAAACAUCCAGUACGUCUAAUUUGUUAAAUACAACUCCUGGUACCAAUAAACCAAACCAUUUCGAUGGUGGUAAUAUAUUAUACAAAAAUGUUAAAACACGUAUGGGAAAUAAUAUUGGUGAAGAUACUGAAACGUUAAAAAAUAAUAAUGAUAAUAAUAAUAAUAAUUUUGGUAGCACGUUUGGUCCCACUUCUAUGAACAUUGGCACCAAUAACAUAAACAAUAACCCCUCUAUUUUUAUAAAUAAUAAAAAUAGCGCAAAAGAUAAUGUAUUUGAUAGCAACUGGACAAACGAAGAAUAUAAUAAAUUAACCGAUAUUUUAAAGACACCUAUUGCAUCCUCUCCUGCUGGAGAUUCUAGAGUAAAUAGCAGCACAAGCUUACAUUUAUUGGAACAACAAACAAAUUCUUUGCUAGAUAAUGGAUUGAAACAAUUAAAUUGGUCUACAUCUGCAAUGGGCUUCAAUUUUUUUAAUAAUGGAUAUAAUACCAAUAUCAGAGAUGAUAGACCAAACUCUGGUUCUUUUCAAUUACAUAAUGGACACUGCUCUUUGGAAAACAAUCGAUUGAAUACCGUUAACACUAAUUACCAUGUCAAUGAUAAUUAUGAUACUGCCACAACUGAGAUGGAAAAAUUAAAAAGAACUUCUUCACGGCCACAUAUUGCCUUAGAAAUGUCGAGAGAUGAGUCUGUACUUCAACUAGUCCAACAACAAUCUUUUAUGCAAAAAAACCCCCCUGAUAAUGCCAAUAUAAAUAAUGAUCAAGUAUUUACUUAUUCUGUUGAUACUAAUAGUUUUACGACACCUACAGCUACCUUAUCUAAUGUUACCACUUCCUCCAAUAAUAAUAAUAAUAAUAAUAAUAAUAAUAAUAAUAAUACGCCUUCUCCUCAUAGUAUUAAAACUACUGCUUCAUUAAAUUCACAACACCCUUUGUCAUCCCCUAAUAUCAAUUUAACUCCAAAGUUACCCGAAAAAAACGCCAGCACUGCUACUUUUUCUAAAAACAAUAUAUUUAAUAAUCCAAGGUUAGUGAGAAAAGUUGUACAUGCACCACAAGAUUUGUACGAAUAUCAAAGCAUAUUAAAACCACAUAGCUAUAGGCGCACAUACCUAAAGUUAUUGGAAUAUUUAAAGGGAAGAUUUGAGCCAAAUGUUUUACAAUAUAUAGCAAAAUCCAUGUCACAUUAUUAUAUACCCCUUUUUGUUACCUUAACCUCCACAUUAAUUGAAAAGGAUUUAAUUUUACAAGAAUUAACGUUACAAAGAACAUUGAUAGAAUAUGAAAAUAUGGUCAAACUAGUUAGCUGUACACCAAUGUGCAUUUGGCGACGUUCCUGUGAAAUAUGUUUUGUCAGCAACGAAUUUUGUAGUCUAACUGGGUUUAAUAAGGACGAAGUUUAUAAUAGAUUUUUUUUGGAAUUUUUAGAUGAUGAAAGCUGCAUAGAUUAUUUUGAACUUUUUCAUGAAAACUUAGCAUUUGGCUUACAGAAUAAUAAGCGUCAGCAAAGGGAUCAAGGAGUGAAGAGACACAAUAAACAUGGCAAUAUCGGAAAUCACAGUCAAAUCACCGAUGGGAACGCCAUGUUUUCAGAAUGUAGCUUAUUAGUCAAAAAUGGAACUUUUUUGAAAUGUGCGUGUAUAUGGACAAUUAAAAGAGACUGUUUUAAUAUUCCUAUGUUAAUUAUAGGUCAAUUUUUACCUAUAUUCGAAAUAUAA